UUGUCCCUGAGGGAGGAGAAAUAAGGUCAUUGGUGGCUUCCAUGAAAGAAGCCCUUUUUUUCUUUUUUUGUCUGCCUUGGGCAAAAGAUCCUCUGUUGGCUCCUGACCCCUCCUCCUGCUGAUACCAGUGACAUAGGAAACCGGAGACUCUAUGCCUCAGAGACUACAGGGAGAGGGAGGAUGGGCCCAAGGUGUAUUCCUCUAUGAUGCCCACCCCUUAACUCACCGUGCAUUGCCUGACGGCCUUGGGCUCUCAGUCUGCAUUGAUUGGAGCUGGAACCGAAGCCCCCAUUCCAGAAACCGGACCAGGAGGUUCUUCAGUCUCAAAUCAAAUAAGUAAUCUGCAGAGUCCCCUCCAGCUCCGCAGGUCUCUCUAGGUCUUGGCGUUUGUGGAAUAGCCAGGAAACCAGCACAGGAGCCUUGACUUCCAGCCAUUCUGCACCUGAAGCAAAAAUGGAUCGUUAGCCACACGUUGUGGCUCCUGACAGUAGUCUCGGCUACUUGGGCGGCUGAGGUGAUAGGAUCUCUUAGUCCAGGAGUUUGAGGCAAUGUAGUCUGCAGUGACCUCCUGCUUUUCAUCUUCUGCCCUGGAAAGCUGAAAAUCCAUUAUCAUGAUCCUCGGACUGGUUCUAGGAAGAGAGAAUCAGGACACCAAGAUCAGAGACCAAUCUGUCCUGCCAAAGCUGCCCUAAGCUGCCAUGGGAACUCAGACCUGUUAUGCUUCUCUUCUAGGAGGCAAGGUGUGAGAAAGUCAAGUUUACUGAUCAGCAAUCUGAACAAAGUUCUCCUUGCUGCUUCCAUGUGAAGAAGAACAUGUUUGCUUCAUCUUCUAUCAUGAUCAUACGUUUCCUGAGGCCUCUCCAGCCAUGCUGAACUAUUCAUAUACAAGGUUAAAUAUCGACAUAAGCUGAGGAAGAGCUGAGGCUGCUCACAGAAAACAGAUUUUGUACCCCAGAGCUCCUGUAAGAAUGGGCAAAAGCACACUAGCAGGCUGUGUGGGCAGCCAACAAGAGUUCUGCUGAAUAUAUAUAACUGAAAGAGAUCAAGAAUGUAGAAGAAAAAGGACAAGAACAGUCACCCCACUGGAAAGUCAGAAUCUUUGCCCAGUCUCCAGAUUUGAGCCAGUCCUCAGACCCAGGAUCUAUCAAAUGAAAAGGAACCUGAGGCACCAGAGGUGAAAAGUGUGAGGGCCACAGAGGUCUAGAAACACCUUAACAGUGACGGAAGUUGUAUUUCAACUUGGUUCUGGCUGAUGCCAAAGAGCUACUGCGAGGUUUCCCAGCCAUUGUUGUGAGAUGCUCACAAAUCACCACCCACGCGUUGACUGAAUAAUAUUGGCUACGUUCAAGCGUAUGCAGCUGAUGCUUUUGCAAAGAAAAUGCCCAGCCAUUGAAAAGUAUUGCAGAUUCUGCAAUUUUGUGUUGCAUGAAUUUUCUCAACGAAGGGAUAAAAAUGAUCCAUUUAAUAACUUUUAGCGUCAGGUGGGAGAAUUCUCACCAUUUGUUCAGGGAGUUCUGUAGCUGAAGGAGUUUGGUAGCCACUGUGUGCUGGGUUUUCCAAGCCAGCUGUGGUCUGCACAGUGUGGUCUGCACCCUGUCUCCAGGCAAUCACAUGCACAAAGUACACAGUCCAAGGACGUCAACCGUGCGCAAAAGGCACCGUGCACUGCCUGCAGUAGUGUGAGUAUGAGGCGCUCAGAGGAACACACUGCAGAAUGAAUGAGGUGAAGGAGAGACAGAUGAGCUGAGCCUGGGCUGUUAAACUGGAAGCCACCGUUUUCCGGGGAUGCUGCUAAUUACAGCAACCAGAGAAGAAAAGAGAGAAGGAAGAAUAUUUUAGAAAUAAAGGAACUUCAUGGACAAAGUCACAGUGCAAGACAGGAGGAGACCAAGGGCAAGAUUGCUUGGGGAGUGAAGACUCCCUCCAUCUGCUCCCCUGAGAAGCUGAGAUAAAGGGGGAGGAGAAGCCUGGGUGCCCUCCACUGAUAAGCAGGCUCCACCCAGAAGCCAGUCGGUGUGUCUGGGGACAGAGGAAAGAGCAACAGAAGUGCCCCUUCUCUGGGGCGGGGGCAGAAGGGGGACCGUUUCCUGGAAACCCCGUUCUCCGAAUCAGCACCUAGAGUGGAACCAGGCAGGAUUCUGUGGCCACAGAGGACAGACAGAUGAUUUCUCCAGAAGAGAGGCUGCCUGUGGAAGGGAGCAGGCCAUGGGCAGUGGCCAGGCGGGUGCUGACAGCUAUCCUGCUUGUGGGCCUGCUCCUUUGUUCUUCUGUGCUUUUGUUCUACACCUUCUGGAACUGUGGCCCUCGCCCCUGUGAGACACCUGUGUGUUUGGACCUCCGGGAUCAUUAUCUGGCCUCUGGGAACACCAGUGUGGCCCCCUGCACCGACUUCUUCAGCUUUGCCUGUGGAAGGGCCAAAGGGACCAAUAAUUCUUUUCAGGAGCUUGCCAAAAGGAACAAAAACCGACUUCGGAGAAUACUGGAGGCCCAGAAUUCCCCGCACCCAGGCUCUGGGGAGGAGAAAGCCUUCCAGUUCUACAACUCCUGCAUGGAUACACGUGCCAUUGAAGCUGCGGGGGCUGCUCCCCUCAGACAAGUGAUUGAGGAGCUUGGAGGCUGGCGCAUCUCUGGUAACUGGACUUCCUUAAACUUUAACCGAAUGUUGAGACUUCUGAUGAGUCAGUAUGGCCAUUUCCCUUUCUUCAGAGCCUACCUGGGACCUCAUCCUGCCUUUCCGCACACACCAGUCAUUCAGAUAGACCAGCCUGAAUUUGAUGUUCCCCUCAAGCAAGAUCAGGAACAGAAGAUCUAUGCCCAGAUCUAUCGGGAAUACCUGACUUACUUGAGUCAACUGGGAACCUUGCUGGGAGGAGACCCAAACAAGGUGCAACAACAUGCCUCCUUGUCCAUCUCCAUCACUUCACAGCUGUUCCAGUUUCUGAGGCCCCUGGAGCAGCGGCAGGCACAGGGCAAGCUCUUCCAGAUGGUCACUAUCGACCAGCUCAAGGAAAUGGCUCCUGCCAUCGACUGGUUGUCCUGCUUGCAAGCGACAUUCACACCGAUGUCCCUGAGCCCCUCUCAGUUACUCAUGGUCCAUGACCUGGAGUAUUUGAAAAACAUGUCACAACUGGUGGAGGAUCUGCUGCUAAAGGACAGGGACUUUCUGCAGAGCCACAUGAUCUUAGGGUUGGUGGGGACCCUUUCUCCAGCCCUGGACAGUCAAUUCCAGGAGGCACGCAGGAAGCUCAGCCAGAAACUGCGGGAACUGACAGAGCAACCACCCAUGCCUGCCCGCCCGCGGUGGAUGAAGUGCGUGGAGGAGACCGGCACCUUCUUCCAGCCCACGCUGGCAGCUUUGUUUGUUCGUGAAGCCUUUGGCCCAAGCACCCGAAGUGCUGCCAUGGAAUUAUUCACUGUGAUCCGGGAUACCCUGAUCACGCACCUCAGAAAGCUUCCCUGGAUGAAUAAGGAGACUCAGAACAUGGCCCAGGACAAGGUCAGGCCAGGCGUCCUGGCUGGUGUGGGAGCCUGUGAGGGGAAUGGAGUAUUGGACCAAGCCAGUCGGGGGCUGGAAGCAAGAGCCAAAGACCUCCCUGGGCACACGCUAAGUAGGGAAGCCACUGUGCUGCAUGCACAUCCUGGCAACAAUGUCGCUCAACUACGGGUGGAGAUGGGGGCUUCGGAAUGGACCCUGAAGCCAGAGCUGGCCCAGCAAGAAUACAGUGAUAUACAACUUGGACCCAGCUUCCUGCAGUCUGUCCUGAGCUGUGUCCGGUCCCUCCGAGCUAGGAUUGUCCAGAGCUUCUUGCGGCCUUUCCCUCCACAUAGGUGGCAGGUGUCCCCCUGGGAGGUCAAUGCUUACUAUUCGAUAUCUGACCAUGUGGUAGUUUUUCCAGCUGGACUCCUCCAACCCCCGUUCUUCCACCCUGAUUACCCCAGAGCCGUGAACUUCGGCGCUGCUGGCAGCAUCAUGGCCCAUGAGCUGUUGCACAUCUUCUACGAGCUCUUGCUGCCUGGAGGCUGCCUGGACUGUGACACUCAUGCCCUCCAGGAAGCUCUCCUGUGCCUAGAGCGCCAUUAUGCUGCCUUUCCAUUACCCAAUGGAACCUCUUUCAAUAACUCCCUCACCUUCUUGGAGAACGCUGCAGAUGCUGGGGGGCUAGCCAUUGCACUGCAGGCAUACAACAAGAGGCUGUUAUGGCACCAUGGGGAGACCGUCCUGCCCAACCUGGACCUCACCCCCCAGCAGAUCUUCUUCCGAAGCUAUGCCCAGGUGAUGUGUAGGGAGCCCAGCCCCAAGGACUCUCACGACACUCACAGCCCUCCGCAGCUCCGAGUCCAUGGGCCCCUGAGCAGCACCCCUGCCUUUGCUAGACAUUUCCGCUGUCCACCUGGUGCCCUCUUGAACCCCUCCAGCCACUGCCAGCUCUGGUAAUCCAGCUACCAAAGAUGCCACAGCACAGAAAUAUUGACCAACACCACCCUGGUCACAUCCACGGAAUCAGCAAGAUCUCCUUUCCGCUUCUGUUCCAAAAAUAAAAGCUGGCACUUGGCUUCUGCUUGCCUCUUAA